AAAUCAAGGAAGAAUUGUCUAGGCCUACAUUCCACUACUAGUGCAUUCCACUAACACCGUUUUCCCAGGUCAAUUGUUACAUAAAGAAGAAUAGUGACGGAAGAUCAAUCCUGAAGUGUGCUUCCAAGCAGUACGGCGCUUCGUAUGAGUCGAUGUUCAAACUACUGGAAAAACUCAUGGAUGACCUUUAUCGUGGACCGAAGCUCAAUAUUUGGGCGGAGUCAGCUUAGUCUCCGAGUCGGAAUUCUUUGUGCUAUUGCCUUGUUUAUCUCCAGUGUUAUUUCUUCCAUUUGGAUCGCAGAUAAUAAUAUACACAACCUCGAUACUAGGUAUAAAAACAGUCGCCUUGGCCUCUGUUCUUCAAUCGUUUUCUGCCCUCGACUACAAGUGCUUAGCUUCCCCAUAUUCACAAUGCAGUUCACUCUCCUCGCAUCCCUCGCUAUUGUUUGCGGCGUUGCUUUCGCUGCCCCGUUUACUAUGAGCCCUGGCGAGCUGGUCGGUGAUGCUGUCAAUAACGUCGGCUCCACGCUUCAGUUUGCUGGUGCACCGCGUGGUGAUCUGUCGGGCGCACUAGAAAGGGGCUGGCUAUGGUGUGGCGAGAUGAUGCUUUGAUUAAAGUUAUCGCGGCUGAUGUCCAGGACCAUGUUAUCACACCUAGGAAGAGUGAUUCCAUCUCCAAUGAUAUCGACGACUCCAAUUUGUGAGCUCGACAGGAGCGCAAGUUCAGUUAGUAUUGGGCCUCAUACUUAUUCUUGCUCCGGAUUCACAUUCUUUGUCACCCACCCAACUCUCCCUUUUCUCUGAUAUCCUGUUUCAGAUAUUUGGAUUCUUAUUGCGUUCAC